CGCCGUCGCCCCUCUCCUUCUCUCUCAAAUUCCCUCUACCUAAACCCUAACUCCCCUUCGUCGGCUGCUUGCUUGCCGGUAAUAAUGGUGGCCCACCACCACACCUAGCCCUAAUGGCUCACCCAUGACCGGAUUCUUGCUGUCUUGAGGUACACAAGGGACUAGUGGUUGUUCGCUCACCACCCAUGGCCUAUUCUCGCCGUUCUCAGGCCACUAUGGCCCGAUUGAGGUUUGGUCAACAAGGUGACAAUUCGUUAAAACUAGCUCAAAAAGGAGUGAAACAUGCACAAUACAAGUCCAAGCACAGUGUAACAGGACCAAUGCGGCCACACUCCAUUCUGUGCGGUCCGCAAAGAGGAAGUUCAGAGAGGUGCUCAUUUCAAACAUUCAAGCAAUGCAGCCGCAAAGCAUUUCAUACGGACCAUAUUGGCUUCAUUGCGGCCGCAUUCGAUUCUGUGCGGUCUGCAAAGCUGAGGUUCAGAGAGUUUCCAAUUUAAGGAAACAUUGCCAAUGCGGUUCGCGGUCCUUUUUGUGCAGACCGCAACAAAAGCCACCGCGGCCGCGAUGCAUUUUGUACGGCCCGCGGUGGCCAAGUUCAGAGAUCAAAAGUUUUAAGCCAAGAGCCUCAGUGUGGCCACACUCGAUUUUGUGCGGUCUGCAUUACCCCGCAUGGGUAUUUUUGUCCAGAAAAUUUUG